AUGACACCCAAGUCACCUUCUCUUGCAGCCCCAGGCUCUCCUGGAGGAAAAUCUGCUCCAUCGCCCCCGUUGGCGACCCACGCGAACUCCUCAGAUUCUACAUCCACCGUCCGAGUCUCAUCGCCCCUCAAUCCAGCUCGUCCACACUCCGGCUCUCCCCACACGAGUCCCAAGCAGAGAGCCCUCCCUCUUCCAUCUAUCACGACCCCACCGCAAGCCGCUGGUCAUACGCGUGCACAGUCUCAAUCGGCCGCAGCCAUCACUGCGCUUCCGGUCGACAUUCCUCUAGCGCGCGUCGCCUCAAGUCCGGAUGGAGCCACUUCGCCAGCAUCGACCUGGUGGAACCGCAAAGUUCACGCCCCUCGGCCGUGGCAGGAGAGUGCUAAGAAGAAGAAGACUGUCCCGGCUGAACAAACAGAGGGGUACGCUCAUACACGACAACGCGUCAUUGAAGCUACUGCUUCUGUCUUGGGUGUAGCAGCUAAGGUCGCACACGAAGGCCUUUUCAUCGGAGUCGAUUUGCUCCGCUUUUCGCCUAUCCCAGGACUCGAGAUCGCAGGCGUCGUCCUGUUGAACAUCUGGGAUGCACUAGAACUGGUGGACAUGAACAGAUUGGCCUGCUUGCGUCUGACGGAGCGUUGCGCAGAUAUCUUACUAUCUGUACGACAAGAAAUUCUGGAUGCCGGAAAUGCCGUCAGCAAUGAGCUCCAAGCUCCCAUCGCCUCGCUAAAUGAGUCGUUCAAUGAUGUGUUCGCGUUUCUACAGAAGCAAGCACACCGGUCGUUCCUCCACCGUUACCUCAAGAGGGACGAGAUUUUGCGUAGCAUCGCCGCCUGCGAUGCAAGAUUGAGCGAUGCACUCGGGCAAUUCGGAAUGUCAAUCCAAAUCCGAACUCUGAAGCUGGUCCAGGCGAAUGAAGCUCAUCGAGCAAAGGAGCAGGCUGCGCUGAUUGAAUCAAUCAACCUCGGCCUCCGAUUGUCUCAGCCCCAGCUCACAAUUCCCGAACCGCUUUCUUCCCCUCCAAUCGGGGACGCCACACAAAUCCGCGCGAUCCUGCACGACAUACAUCAGCAGCAGAAUGAGCGCGACUUGACCCGCGAUAUCGUGGACCUGCGCCAGCUGAUGCGCACCGCACUGCAGACCAACAGCGACGCGGAGAUGAUCGAGGUGCUCCAGGUCGGGCGAGACGAGAUGCCCGAGGCGAUCAAGACGCUCCAACGCGCGCUUGAGCGGGAGGUUGAGCGGGAGAUGCUAGGGGAGUCGGAGGCCUCCGCGAUGCAGGCCUCACCUGGUGGCGAAUCGCUGUACCGCUCGCGAGGUAGGCUCCCUGGGCGCUCACGGGCGGCCACGGUGUCAGCCGCGGCGGAUGGGGGUGUGCGGGUGUUCGGGACGAUGGUGACCACAGACAGCGAGAGUGGGAGCAGCGAGACGUCGGCACGCCCGCGAGAUACUCUUGACCGAGAGUUCAUGGAGAGCGGGAUCGAUGCAUUGCGGCGGCUGAGCCAAGGCCAAGAGGUUUCGCUCCCCAGCUGGACCAUCACGCGAUACGAGAUCGAUCUGGAGGAGAAGAUUGGGAUUGGGUUCUUCAGCGACGUAUAUAAGGGCAAAUGGAGAGAGCACACCGUCGCGAUCAAGGCCCUCGCGGAGACAACGCCGCGGAAGCUAUUUGUGCACGAGAUUGGCAUUUGGAAGACACUCAUGCACCCAAACGUCUUGGAAUUAUUGGGUGCUUCGUCGGCCACUGGGGACCCGCCUUACUUCCUGGUGUCGCCAUACUACAGUAAUGGGAGUUUGGUCAAAUACCUCAAGGGCCUGCCAGACAUCGCUCCAGUUGACUUUCUCAAAAUGAUUCAUGAAGUGGCGAAGGGGAUGGAGUACCUGCAUGAGCAGGGAGUUCUGCAUGGUGAUCUCAAGGGUACAAACGUACUGGUCGAUGAUCGUUUGCAUUGCGUCAUAUCUGAUUUCGGCCAGAGCGACAUGAAGUCUGAAGCAUGCAGGCUUAGUGGCUCCCCUCUUCCCCACGGGACUUUGCGCUGGCAAGCUCCGGAGAUGAUGUCAGGAGCUCAAGCUGCUCUCACUCCUGAAAUAGAUGUUUAUGCAUUUGCAAUGGUGUGCGUCGAAAUCUUGACAAGGGGAAGUCUACCAUGGCCUAUGAUGGAUGACGAUGCAGUGAAGCGGUUUGUGCUAGUCGAUAAUAUUCGCCCUUCACUGCCUCUCACUCGUUUGAGCAACAGCCCGUUAACCAACAUCAUUCACGCCGCGUGGGAUGCCAACCCACUUCGCCGUCCUUCUUUCAAGCGGAUCUCACAAGAUCUCGAGAAGCUGAGAGUCGAGACAGGAUAUAGUGUCGUGGAAUCGCCCAGACCACCAAGAUUUGUAGAUCAGUGGGCGGACAGUCCCACCCGAGCCUCACCUGAUAUGCGCCCCAUUCCGUUACCUGGCUUCCCCCGUGAGUCGCCGUCUCUUCCGUUCCUGACAUGUAUGAAGAAACUAAGAUCGCCGUUCCCAGCCAAGGACGACUUGGAAGUAGGGGCCUCAAGUUCGCCGGCCGUAUCUGAUACCACAUUGGAGACGGCGAGAGGCCGUUCACUGUCUCCCAUUCCUGGACUCGGACUUACUCACGAGCGUCCGCUCGAUGACCCAACCCAUGUAUUGCAACCUAGAGGAUCCAGAGCCAGCACGAUAUCUCUCCCUGAUACCACCCCUGACGAGAGUGCAUCCGAAACAAGCCAGAUAAUCCCUUAUACGGGAUAUGACUCUCCGCCACUGGCAGAUGAGGUGACCGCUCAUGCUCGCGAUGAGAGAAGGUACAGAAUGCUCUUGCAGCAUGAGUACCACACAUCUUUGACGUUACCCUUAUGGUCACCCGCUCCUGUUGAGCUUGGUGCUGUUGGGUACUUAUCUCGUCCCGCGGGGGCUUUCAUUACCUUGUUCAACUCGUUCGAUCCCUCGAAAACCUCCGAUGGACUUGCUAACUCGUUACCGAAUCUAUCCGAUUUUGGCAAGGUGACACACCGCAGCCAGCGACAGGACAAACGAAAUCCUGCUCAAAGGGGGAUGGACUAUCUUCAGAACCUCCUUGCGAGAAAAAAUCGAGAUGCAUCUACUCCGCCGGUGGUAGGCCGCACACAAUCAUUUCAGCUGCGGAUGGGCCACAAGGUUGCCUAUCUGUAUGCCGAGUCCACUGUGUACAGGUAUGUGGAGGACCUUGGUGUGCCGAAGCAGUGGUUUCAGGCGACCAUCGACCGUGUUCUUGAGCUAUACGGUCGGGAGCACAAGAUCAGUAAAGAGGACGUCUUUCUCGUGAUCGGCACGCUAGACGUACCAGACUAUGCAUUGUUCGUAAGCCAUAGCCAUCCCGAUGGGCAGGUCAACUUCAAUGUAUACACGGGCGUAAAGCCGGGACAGGAGUGGGGCGCAUUCUCGACUACUAUGGCUGACCUGUCUUCGUCAAUGCUGGGGGGGCCGUUGUAUCACGAGGAAAUGGUCGGCAAUCCCCUUUCCGCAAGUAAUAUUUCCCGGGUGAAAGAAUCGUCCUCAAGCCCCUGGGAUUCUGUUCUAUUGGCUCGGCUCAGAUUCAAGACUGAUGCUGCGGAGCCAACGUCCUUAUGA